CCGGGAGCCGCAGGGAUGCGCGCCCCGCCGAGCUGUCCGCGCUGGGCGCUGCUGGCCCUGGCGCUGCUGGCCCUGGCGCUGCCCGCAGAGCUGCUGGAGCUGCUGCCACACGGCGAGGACCGCGGCGAUGCCGCGCUGGAGCCCGGGGACGACGUGCAUUCGGCGGCGCUGGAGCUGAGCACGGCGCUGCACUUCUACGGCGCGGCCGUCCGCUCCCUCUAUGUUACCACUAAUGGGAUUAUUGCAGUGAAUGAGCCCUCAAGUGAAGAAAAAUACCUUGGUCAAUUCCCAGUAAGUUUUGGGGCUAUUGCUCCUUUUAUGGCCGACCUGGACACAACAGAUGGACAUGGAAAUGUGUAUUACAGAGAAGAUUCAUCCUCAGAUGUCUUGCAACUUGCAUCAGACUAUAUCAAAAGAGGUUUUCCUGAGACUGCUUUUGAUCCCAGCAGUGUUGUUAUUGUUACCUGGAAGCUUGUGGCUCCUUUUCAGGAACCAGGAGAAGAUCACGCUUUGGAAGAAAAGAGAAACACAUUCCAGGCUGUCUUAGCCUCUUCUGAUUCCAGUUCCUAUGCUAUUUUCCUUUAUCCAGAAGAUAGCUUGCAGUUCUAUAGUACGUACUCCAAGAAUGGUGAUGAAAAUAUUCCUGCUAUGGUUGGCUUUAGUCAAGCCUCUACAAACUACUACUUUUGGGAAAAGCCAGGAUCCUACAAUGUCAUUGCUAAUGAUGAAGACAGCAUUAGAAACCUGUACAAAAGCAGCAAUGCUGGGAAGCAGGGCGUCUGGGUGUUCGAGGUUGGUAGCUCAUCUGACAGUAUUGUGCCUGCUAAAAUCAGCAAUAUUUUGGAGAACAUGGAGCCCAAUGAAGAAGACGAGGAGAUGACUUCUAAGCCCUUUACAUCUGACUAUGGUUCCACUGAAAUAACACAGCAGUACAUCACAAGUAGUACAGACAUCACUGAAGAGGAUCAGCACCUUGUCACAUACAGUGUUCCUUGGUUAGCUGCAGGAGACUUUCCGACUUCAUACCAAGAUGUAACAGGAACACCUUCAACUGAGUCCUUUUACAGUCCUCAAAAUUUCCCAACAGCAAAAGCUCCACCUCGGCAGUUUCGCAUCCAGCAGUUCCCCCCACAGCCACCUCAAGUCAUAGAUGUGGAAGAAUUUGAUGAAACUGGAAUAGUGUUUCGCUACCACACAGAUGUCCAACAGACCUGUGCUAACAACCGCCACCAGUGCUCUGUUCAUGCUAUUUGCAAGGAUUAUCCCAGCGGGUUUUGUUGCAGCUGUAUUGCUGGUUACAAAGGAAAUGGCAGACAGUGUGUAGCAGAAGGUUCUCCUCAGAGAGUCAACGGCAAGGUCAGAGGAAGAAUCUUUGUAGGAAACAACCCCGUUCCAGUUACAUUUGAGAACACUGAUCUCCACUCCUAUGUUGUGAUGAACCAAGGGCGUGCCUACACUGCUAUCAGCACAAUCCCAGAGACUUUGGGGUAUUCUUUACUACCUCUUGCCUCUAUUGGAGGUAUCAUAGGAUGGAUGUUUGCUGUGGAACAGCAAGGAUAUAAAAAUGGAUUCAGCAUUACUGGUGGUGAGUUUACACGGCAAACAGAAGUAACUUUUCUUCGUAACAAUGAGAAGCUGGUUGUGAAGCAGAAGUUCAGUGGCAUUGAUGAGCAUGGUCACCUUACCAUCAGCACAGAAAUGGAAGGCAGAAUACCCGAGAUCCUGCCUGGGUCAUCAGUCCAUAUAGAGCCAUACACUGAACUCUACCACACUUCUAGCUCAGUGAUCACUUCAUCAUCCUCGAGGGAGUACACAGUGACAGAGCCAGAAAGGGAUGGAGUUGCUUCCACGUACACGGGUGCCUAUCAGUGGCGCCAGACCAUCUCCUUUGACGAAUGCAUCCAUGAUGACUCCCCCCAUGCUGCUCCUGCCACUCAGCAGCUCUCGGUGGACAGUGUGUUUGUCCUGUACAACAGAGAUGAGCAGAUCCUACGAUACGCCAUGAGCAAUUCCAUUGGCCCCAUCAGUGAUGGUUCUGCUGAUAUUAACCGGAAUCCUUGCUACACUGGCACUCAUAACUGUGACACCAACGCCAUGUGCCGUCCAGGAACUGGGAAUCGUUUCUUCUGUGAAUGUUCGAUUGGCUUCCGUGGAGAUGGACACGUUUGUUACGAUAUUGAUGAGUGUUCAGAGCAGCCAGGGCUGUGUGGCAGCAAUGCAGACUGCAACAACCAGCCAGGAACCUACCGCUGCGAGUGUUUUGAGGGAUACCAGUUUGCAGAAGAUGGGCGGACUUGUGUUGCUGUGGAGUAUGUGGUAAACCACUGCCAGAGGGGCACACACAACUGUGACAUCCCUCAGCGUGCUCAGUGUGUGUACACCGGAGGGUCUGCCUACGUCUGCACGUGUCUCCCUGGCUUCUCUGGAGAUGGGCGUGCCUGUGAGGAUGUAGAUGAGUGUCAACAGGGUCACUGUCAUCCAGAUGCUUUCUGCUACAACACUCCUGGGUCCUUCAGCUGCCACUGCAAGGCAGGUUAUCGUGGGGAUGGUUUCCGAUGUGUGUUAGGAGAAGUAGAAAAGACCAAAUGCCAGCAUGAACGUGAAGUAGCCCUUGGCAGUGGAGGUGCUUUCUUCCCAAGGGAUGUAAGAGUUGCUCACUUCAUUCCCCAGUGUGAUGAGCAUGGGAAUUACAUGCCCACUCAGUGCCAUACUGGCAGUGGAUAUUGUUGGUGUGUGGACAGGGAUGGAAAUGAGAUUGAUGGCACCAGAAGCGGUCCAGGAGUUCGACCACCAUGUCUGAGCACAGCCGCUCCUCCUGUUGUUAUUGGGCCCUCUGUUCGACCAGACACGGUCCCUCUGCCGCCGGGAACACACUUGCUUUUUGCCCAAAGCGGUAAAAUUGAACAUGUUCCACUAGAGGGAAACAGUAUGAAGAAAAAUGGUGCAAAAGCACUCUUGCAUAUUCCAGACAGAGUUGUUAUUGGAGUUGCUUAUGACUGCGUGGACAAGAUGGUUUAUUGGACAGACAUCAGCGGCCCUGCGAUCAGCAGGGCCAGCCUGCAUGGUGGGGAGCCAACAACCAUAAUCAGAACAGACUUGGGAAGCCCUGAAGGGAUAGCUGUAGAUCAUCUAGGUCGCAACAUCUUCUGGACUGACUCUCAACUGGAUAGAAUAGAAGUGGCCAGGCUGGACGGGCGCCAGCGUCGCAUCCUUUUUGACACUGGCUUGGUGAACCCCAGAGCAAUUGUCGUGGAUCCUGUGAGAGGAAACUUGUACUGGACUGACUGGAACAGAGAAGCUCCUAAAAUUGAAACAUCAUACAUGGAUGGCACAAACAGAAGAAUUCUUGUUAAAGAUGAUCUUGGGUUACCAAAUGGACUGACAUUUGAUCCUUAUUCCUCAAUGCUGUGCUGGGCUGAUGCAGGUACCAAGAGGCUGGAAUGCAUGAACCCUAAUCAGCUUGGUCGACGAAAGAUUGUUGAAGGAAUUCAGUAUCCUUUUGGUGUCACAAGCUAUGGGAAGAAUUUGUACUAUACAGACUGGAGAAGGGAUGCUGUUGUCGCAGUGGAUCGCACAAUUUCCUUAGAAAAUGAUAACUUCCAGCCUCACAAGCGCUCACGACUCUAUGGAAUCACCACAGCCUUUGCUCAGUGUCCAGGAGGACAUAACUACUGUACGGUGAAUAAUGGUGGUUGCACUCACCUCUGCUUGGCUACCCCAGGAGGCCGUACUUGCCGCUGCCCUGACAACACAGUUGGAGUAGAUUGUAUAGAAAGAAACUGAGCAUUAAAAUAAGCUUUAGAGCUGCAGACACCUUUUGGAAAUGUGCUGUAAACAAUUCACUCCUAUCAACACAAUCAGGCCCUAAAGAUAAGUGCUCCAUGCUGCUGACAGCAAGCCACAAUGCACAUAUGCAGACACACCCACACCCACCCACCCACACACACACAGAGGCAGAGGCUGUUUGUGCAACAGAAAAGUAAGACAGGGCUGCCCAGGUUGGGUCCAACUUCACCUUAUUCCUUGUAAAAUUAUCUCUUUGCUUUUAAAGGUAAAUGUGGAGGCCUUAGUUGCAUCUGUCCCAGACAAGAAGGAUGUGUCUCUUGGCAAAAUUGAAGUAACAUAACAGGAGUAACAGGACAGAGUAAAGAGAGUGGAAAUAUUCAGAUCCUGAGACUGAAUUUUACCUUGGAGUGUGCAGCAGUUUUCUGCAGAAGUGGUAUGCUUAGCCCAUCAUAUAUGUGUUUGGGCUUUAUGUCUAGCUGAGAAAAAGUCAGGGGGUCCCAAGGAUGAAAAGAUAAGGGGGAAUACCCAGUUAACAGCACAUAUUUACUGCCCAACCACACUCCUUCUCACUACCAGUCCUUUCACUUCAAAAACUUGCAUCUCAGUUUUUGACUUCUGUACUAUGGAAGUACUUUAUCCAUGUGUUGUAAGGAUUAUAAUUCUCACUCUGGCUCGUGAUCCUUUCCUACAGCACAUGAUUUGUUAAUCAGCACUGUUUAGUGGAUAUAUUUGAAGAUUUUGUUAGGUUUUAAGAGAAUUAUCUUUCUUCUGUUUGAGGUGGAUUCCUGAGUAAUUCCCUAAAAUCCACUAAACAAAAUUCAGAUAUUUUGAACAAUUGCUGGUAGGUCAUCAAAGAAUGGAUGUUGAUUCAUUGGGAGACAAGUGGUUUUAAAGAGAUAGUCACAUUUGUUUUCUGAGAGGUUUUAAAAUAGUAUUUCUACAUUUGAUUCUAUAAACCUCAAAGUGGACUCAGAAUUUUAUCUUACCAAUCUUUCUUCUUUAGCAAACCAUGCCAUGCCUUUUCAUAGACCAUAAGAAACCAUGGCAGUUAAAAUCACCUCUGGUUUGGUGCUUAAAAGCAAAAAAUAUAGUCGUGCCCUAUUUAUGUGGCAGUGUUCAGUAACAGCAAAAACAGUGUUACGAAAAUCAAAGUGAAGUUGAUGUUUUCAUCAUCUCCACUACGUUUGGAGAGGAAAAAUCUAAAUGCAUACUUAUAUGUCAGAUUAGCAGUACAAAUCUAGGAGUGGUUUGGUUUCCCCACUGUGUGUUGGGAAAGAAGCUUGCCUACAAACCAAUGUGUGGCAGAGCAAAAGAGGGUUUGUGAGCUCCUGCCAGAGCACAUUUCACUGUGUCAUGAUCAGAGCAGUAAGCUAACAUCCCCAUUUCCUCAUUCCCCUUCAGACACAGCAGUCAUAGGCUUAAAUAGAGCCAAUUCUGAGUCUUAACUCUGUGACAUCUUCCUCUUUUAUUUUAUAUUUAUCAUAAAAAACCCAAAACAUAUAAACAUUUUAAAGAUCUUUUUGUAUAACUUUUUAUAACUUUUAAUUCAUUCUAUUCAUACACUUAAUCAGGUAUGUCUUACUGUAAAUAUCAAAAAUUUGUUGAAAUGAAGGUGCUUGAUAAUUCUUUCUCCAGAAAUAUUCACAUAUCUGGUGAAAUAUUAAAGUUUACACUCUGUACAGGUAUCUAUAGUACAGUCAAUAAAAAUGGUUGGUUUUUAUUUUCUAUAAAAAAUAAUGUCAUGCCUGUAGAAGGAAGUGAUAUGUGGUGUCUCAAAUACAUUCUUUUGUUGUGUUCUGGGUUUUAGCUAAUUCAUAUUGAGUGAUGGUACCUCUCUUCCAAGAUGCAGCAUCAUGGGAGAAAAAACUGCUGUUGGGGCUUUGUAUUCAGGAAGCAGUAGGAUGCAUCAAAACAAAUACAUGAGAGCGCUUGAAGAACAUAGGGAAUUUUUUGUUUUGGCUCAAUCCUUCUGAUGGUUGUAAAUUCUUGUUUACCUUUGUCAACUAAACAUAGUUCAGUUAUCCCAUACUUUAGACUUCUAACAGUGAAAACAUAGAACAAAGACAAGAAUAAAAAGGGGUAGAAUUUAUCCCUAUGCUCAAAAAUGCCCCAGUACUGGAUUUCUGGUUGAUAGGGUGCUUUUUAAGGAGAAUAUUACUGGGAUCCAAAGGGUGGCAUUUGGAGUUACAGCAGGAGAUUGUUGGUGAUGUGUUCUGGAGACUGCAUGUGGAAUUGGACUGUAUGCAUUGAAUUAGGUUGUUUUUUUUUUAAAUUUGAAUUAACACUGUUCCUCUUCAAUCAUUAUAAUGACUAUUAAUGUACUAAACACUAGUCAGCUAAUUUUCUGCAAAUCAAUUAGCAAUGACAAAGAUGUCAAGGAAAAUAUACCUCAGCAGGACUUCUAGUGUUGAUGUGUGAGCUUCUGAGUAGUCUGUAGCACAGCCAGAGAAACAAUAUUAGUGUGGACUUAGUUUUUAGACUGAGGAAUUCAGGUAUCAUCUGGGAUUAGGUAGCACUAAACUAGGGGAAACUUCAGCAGAUCCACAUCAGUGAUGUAGCUGUGACAGUUUACAAAACUUCAAACUUUUCACAACUUCAGCAUUCCGGUCCCUAGAAAUGAGGGAUUUUUAAAAACCUCUAGCAUGAUGUUUUGUUUCUCAGCUAAUGCUUGGUCCUAACUUCAACUGCUGUAGCUCAAUGCCAAAGUACAGCAAGGGCAAAGCUGUUCUCUCAGGGAAGGAAGCCAUGGAUUUUCCAGCCAUGGACCAGUCCCACUGUACCCCAAGUGAGGCAGACAGUGCCAGUGAGGGUAACUGGAUUCAGCCCAGGGACCAGAACACCAAGCAAAUCUGCAGUGGGAAGAGCAGGUCUGAUGUCAAGCUGGGAAACUGAGUCAGGACCGUAGAUCAUAAUCAGGUUUGGGCAUAUGACCAGCAUCAGUGAUUGCCAGCCAAGUGCACAGAGGUGGGGCAGGCCCACAGCCACACUGGGAGGUUAGACAAGACCUGAAUCAAUGGGGUUGCCUGGCUGUGGCACAGCUCAGGCAAGGACCAGGGUGACAGCCCCAGCUUAAAAGCAUCCUUUAAGAGCAGAGAAAAAGGGUUGCUUUCGCUGAGAACCACCAACAGAGCUGUUUGAGGAUGAGCCUCUGUUGAAGUUCCCUCAAGUUUUCUUCACAUCUGGUUUGGCCUUCAACAGCCAGCUAAUCUGCUAGUGCUUGGGUAGUCUCUGUGUGCUGGCACUCCAGAGUUCUCUAUUCCUGUAUCUGUUUGCUUUCUCAUUGAAUCUUGCUUAAUCUUUGGCCUCUAAAAUGAUCUCUGGUGUUGAGUUCCCUAUUUUAAUCUCAGUUUGGAUAGGAAUGUCAAGUUUUGAUGACAUAUUUAGCAUUAGCCACUUGAGGAUAUUCUUCCUGUGUCUAUCAUGUUUUCUCGCUUCAACAAUCACAAGUAUUUUGGAUGCUGAAAAUGUGAAUUUUCAGUUUCCUUCUUCUAACCCUAGAGAGUUAAUGGUAUCUUUCUACAAGAAAGAUAUUUCACCUACUCUGUCAUUUUUCUAACUGUUGCUUGUUCAACUGUUCUAGACUCGCCUCAGGAGCAUGUAAAUUUCAGAUACAUUUUUACAUUAUGUUUGAGGUUAAAGAAAUAAUGGAAAAUAGGAUAUUUUAUUUAAUUAUUAAUUUUUCAUUAUUAUAAUAGGUUGGGGCUGGUAGUCAUACUAGUCUCUGGUUGAAGAAAAGGUUCCAUGUAACUGCAGUUCAAGGGGUUUUUGCUACAAAAAUCUAUAGAUUCCCAGGUUUUCCAGGAAUGAAGAAAAAUUACUUCAAUGUUUAAACAAAAGACAAAAUACUUCCUAGAGCUAUUCCAGAAGUAAGUUAAGUGUUUUCUUAAAUGCCUCCAUUCAGAUCUUCCAGCAAACUCAAAAAUAUUUACUAGUAAGAUUAUUAAUGAGAGUUACCAUUCUUGUAAUAAGUAGCAAAAAAGGGAAAUUCCUGAAAGUAGGAGUGUCUUCCACAUGGCUUAAUUGGAUGGUUUGGCUACCUUUCCAUCUGAAGGGUAUUCAAAAAUCCAACUUUACUCACUUUUUAACUUGCAAAUAACCUUCCUCAUGGUGAAAAUCCAAUGUGACUUUCUGGAGCUCAGCAUCCUGGCCAGUGUGUUGUCCCAAGCUGACAAGCUGCUUACUCUGCAGUUAUCCACUUGCACAGUUUUGUCACAACAUAUUAGAUUUUUAACUUGCCAGCAUAUGAUUAAGAAUGACAGAUGAUUACUAGAGGAUAAUGGCCUCUCCAUGGCAGUGUCACAAUGCAUCAGUUUAACCUAUGGUUAAAUGCAAACUGGGGGGGUUUAUGUAGGGUUUCAUAACGUAUUCCUUGGAGAAUUUGCUGGGGAGGAAAAAACAAAAACCAAAACAAAAAAAAAAAAGCCAACAGGAUGUGAAACACCUAUGUCUAUAGCGAAUUGUGAGAAGCCCCCUGCUUGGCCUGUCUGUAAGAAUGAAAUAUUACUUCCAGAGCCUGAGUCACCAGCUGGGUAUGUGGCAGGCGAUUGUUCAUGAACUGAUUGAAUCACUUUCUUUGUUUAAAUUCUAGUCUAGUAGAAGUCUGUGUUUUAUCUUAUUUAUAAGUUUAGGAUAGCAUGGCAGUAAAAUUGGUGAAAGGUCAGCAUCCUACAAAUGUACAUAUUGAUGAGUCUGGAGCUUUGCUUGACAAACAGAGGGCUCUGCUGGCAGUGGAAUGCAGUGAGUGACCUUCCCUGCUGCUUUGUGGCAAAGCAGAUGGGACUGCAGUAACUCAAUGGGGUUUUUGACCACAAGGAUUCUGGAGCUGAUGAAUGGGGACAAACUGCCAUUCCCACAAAUAACCAGGAUGCUGUGUUUCAGCCUUUGGCUUCUUAGUCUUCAGCAUUCACCAGAAUCCAUUUGGUUUGUGGUGGUGUUGCUCACUCCAAGCAGGCAGUGUGUUCCUACUCGAUGGGGUGUCUGGAACACACAGGAAGCACAGAGAGGAGCUGUGUAGUGUGGGGCCUUUGACAUGAGGAAAAUGGUCAGCUGUACAGAUGUCAGUGGGCCAUGGCAGAUGGUGCCUCUGGAUCUCACCCAGUAACUAGCAUAGCAGUGUUGGGGAGAUAUUCCCAGGAACUUUCCAGGGUUAUAGUGAAAGGGAAAAUGUUGUUGAAGGCAACUGAAGGUUUUAUGUCAGCGGAUGCAGAAGUGUGUGAAGUUUGGGAGGUGAGGUAAGCAAUUAGCAAGAUGAUAGUUGUACUGUGUAUUUGAAGUCUUCAGUCAGUUCGGCAGUGUGCUGCUGGGUGGGAGACUAAGAUGCAGAGUAACUGUGUUACACUGGAUUUCAGAAACCCUUCCAGUCUCUUCCUUUCCCACUAGACCCAUACAUAUCCCAAGCACUUCAGGUGCUGUUGGUUUCAGAUCCUGUUCUGUUUGAGAGCAAGACCCAAGAGCAGGAGGUUUUGCUUUUCAUAUCUCUGUUCCCUGCUUUAUAAGAUAGAAGAUAAGACACCUAACCAGAUAAGCCAGGAGACAGUAAUAGUCCAUCCAGCUCCCAGUCAGAGGGAGAGCAUGCUGCCUAGUAUAACUUCUGUGACACACUUUUUGUGACACAGCCCCAGAUACCCUGGUGAGCCACUUCUGGCAUUUCAUGGUACAGCUGUUCCCUCAAGUUGGUACUCCCAGCUAAUACCCACCUGCACCACUUUUUCCAGGACUAGAUCCUCUAGAUAUAAGUUUCUGUGCACAUUAACUGUGUACAGCAAGUGUGUUACAGGGACCUUCUGUAAUACUAAACAUCAGCAAAGUACUAGUGUUCUAAGAAGCUGGUAAACCUAUCCAGCAGCUUGAAUCCAGAGGUCCCUGGUGAUGCAUUUGUAAGCAUGAGAUUUAUCCCCUUGAGCUGUACUACAGGCUGCCUUACUAGUGAUUAACAUUUGAGAAAAUGUAUCUCAUGUAUUUUUAAGUGAUUGCACUGCAAUUAGUAAGUUAUUUUUAGUGAUCUGUUUUAAUUUCAAGCAUAUGCAUAUGGGAGAUGGCAAACCACACAUUUCAUCCUCUUCUAGACAGAGUAUCUUUCUAGGAUUCUGCUUCUCAAGUGACAAUGCAACCAUGGCACUGAUUUCUUUAAAGCAGUAAAAGGUUAAUAUGCUGCAAUCAAUUUCUGUGCUUAUGUGGCUUGUUACUAGAUUUCUGUGCUGACAUGCACACUGGCAUUUUUAUCUGACCUUCAUCUGAAGAACCCAUGGGUUUUGCUUUAUAGGUGUUUCCUAAAUCCUGGCAUGUCUGCUAGAUUCUGUACUGUUACACCCAACUAGUAGCUCAGAGGAUGACGUCUGACCUCUUGUAUCUAUCAAAUAAAGUGUAUUUGGUCCAGGGCCAAAAACACAUUGGCAUGACAUGUCUCCUCCAGACAGACACUGCUCUGUCAUGGCAGGAAAACUUCCAGUAAUGACAGAUGUCUGUGGUCUUCAUGUGCAUUCCCCUAGCUGCCUGUGAUACCAGUCUCUCUGCUAGGUUUUACUGAUUAAUUUUCUAGACCUGGAGCCUGGAAAUUGCCAGUAAAAAUGCUUUUAAUAUUACCUAUUGAUUAAGACAGAAAGGAGGAAAUUGCUUCUCUUGUGGGAUUUAUGUGCUCCCUGUGAAAGUUCAGUCCUCAUUGGGCGUUCCCUGGAAUCCAAACUUUUCAAGGAUAACUUGGUGGUACUCAUAUUUGUCUGUGUGUUUCUUAGUUUGUCUGCUAGAUUGAUUGCCUGUGAGAAAUGACAUUAGGGUCUGAAAACCUCUGUAAACUGUACAUUUGUUCUGAAAUCGUAUUCUAUUUCUAGUGGAGCAAGAAAAUUUAGCUUCAUUUUCAUUCUCCUGUGCUGUGACAAAUUUAUCUUCCUGCAGUUAUGUAGUUCUUAUUUCUUUUAUUUUGAGCUUGUUUUUUACUUUAAUGAAGAAUCAUAAAAGGAGAAUGGGCAUAUUCUUACAUUAAAAAACCCUCAUUUAGACAUUAUUUUAAUAAUAAACAUUUUUAAUAAGAAACAAAUGUACAACAGUUAAGAAACACACAGGAAGAGUUUCUUUCACAGAUUUUUAUCCAGAAUAACUUUUUCUUCUAGAACCACAUAUUUUAUACACAUGACCCUCAAUAACCUUGCCUACAAAAGGCAAAUAAAAUAACCAACACACAUGGUACUAUUUCUCAAGUUUGUUAACUAUAUGCAUUCUUGGAAAAUUCAUAGAGAAAUCUGGAUUGUAAGGAAGCUCUGGAGCAUGUCUAGUCUUCAGCUCAAAGCGGGUACAACUUCCAUGUAAAAAUUGCUUAGGACCUUGUCCAGUCAGCUUCUGAAAUCCCCAAAGAUAAGGAUGCAACAGCCUCUCUAGACAAUAUCUCAGCCAUGAACCACUUCAGUGUUGAAUUCAAAGUCCAAUGGGAAUUUUCUUUAAUGACUAGUGGCCAUGGCUUCUUGUCAUUUCCCCAAAAGGGUUUGGUUCUAGGCCCUUUCUUUAGGUGGCAGAAGACUUACACUAAGCUUGCCUUUAGGGAAUAUGUGUGUUGGAAGCUGGGAUAGUUGGUGUAUUUUCUUUUCCUGCUCAUUCUGAAAGUGUGUUCUUCUUCAUGGUACUUGGCAUUUCUGUAUUGUAGGAGCUCUAUUCCAGCACACAGAAUAGCUAUUUGUGCAUUUGCUGGUCCUGGUUUGAAUGCUUAGAGCUAAUGAAUUCUUAGAGCUACAACCCCUCUCUGAAAGCCCUAGGACUAGAGAAGCCCUGGAAAAUGAGAGCUAUAUUCAUACCCCAAGUGAGAGGGGAAUUAAUCCACCAAACUGCAACUUUGGAAGGACUGACAAGAACACAGGAGUCUUCUCACUGUCAAAGCAUAGCUGAAAGGCUUUUGGAUACAGGAAGGCAGGAGUAGUUAGAGGAAGCUUCACUGGAAAGGAUGCUGAGACACAUAAAAUGAUGUUUUCUCUGAAGUUCUGCUGGGCCCAAGACAGGGUCAAGCUUUUGAGGUGGGUAUGCACCAGGUGAGAUUUGGACCUUGCGGAGUGUGCAGGAGGGGAUAUGAAAGCCUCAAUGCCACAUCUGUGAUGAGUAAGACCCCUUCUGGAUCUGCUCCUCAUUCCUUUUGAGCAAUUCACUGAGCAGUGAUGUCUAACAGUGUUACUCAGUCUCGAGACAGUCUCUGACAAAUUACUGUCUGCUUAUACAUAUUUGAUAUAAAGCAAUAUCAGCAGCUUCAAACUCACUAAUGGGAUGUGAAAAUUUCCAAAAUUUAGGUGGUUGAAAGCAAGUCUAUUAAUAUAGGCAUCAGGUCAGCAGCUCACCUGUCAGGCUGCAGUCUUGAAUCAUGAAGCUCAAGAGCACAGCCCUCAGAAUUUGCUGCAAAUAUACAUGUGCCACAAAUGCAGGAUGGGGGCUAAGUGUUUUCUCAAAAGGUCAGUAGGAAAAGAAGGACCUUCAUCCAAAUGGUUGAUAUUAUGUUGAAGUCAGGAUUAAUGUUGUCAGAGGAGCGGGAGCCUUAUGAAAUACAUUUAAAUUAAAGAUUCCGUUAUUUCAAUUACUAACAAGACAUAAUAUGAACAAACUAAUGAUUUUAAUAUAUACAUCUGAAGUAUAAUAAUGGGUUUGGAAAAUGAAGAACUACUGCUGUAUCACAGAAGGCUGUGCUGGAGAUGAAAUCUCUUAUAUCCUGUAUAUCUCUAUAUUUCAGAUUCUGCCUUCAUUCUGCUCUGGGUUGCCAUAGGUCUCAUGGAAUGUUUAAAAUACAGUCAGUCCAGACAUGAGAUGCUGAAACAUUCAGCAGCAAAGUACUUCUGAGUGCAGUAUACCUUCAGGCAAGUCAGGCAAGGAUUUAUUCCUUACUGCCAAAAUAUACCAUCAAGUUGUAAAACACAACUAAUGUUUUAAACUUUGAGUACUGUAUUAGUGUAAUCAGCUAAAUAGCCAUAUAAUUACAAUUUCUCAUCCUCAAGUUAGCCAUAAUAUUGCACAUGGCUCAGGUAUAAUUUUGUUAAUGCAAAACUGCCCAGUAUCACUUAAAUUCCGUAAUUUCUGAUUCAGCAUUUCAGGUGGUUAGGCAAGUUACUAAUUCCAAAGGGAGAGCCUUCAAGUGCACUUUUCUGUUUGUUUUCUUGACUUGAGAAGCUUCCCAGAGUUGUGCAAGAGAACAAUGUUUUAUUCUUUGUAUCUUGGAUCAGUGUGCUGCCUUGAACUCCCAAGAUGCAUCCAGCUGCAGCUGCCUCAAAUGGAAAAUAGAUCGGACAUCAGAGAAGGUUUAGGGGUUCUUUAAGCUGCUUGUAACUGGAUCCCAUAGCCCUAUUGCUUUGCUGUGAAGUCUCCUUGCAGUGCUCAAAUGGCUGUAAUUCUAGUAUUUUAGAGAAGAAAAAGAAAAUAAAAUUGAAGCUAUUCUGUAGAAAAUGUUGCUUUGAAUUAAUCUUAUUGCCAGGCAGCUGUUGAAUGGUUUCAAGUGUGCUGAGUUACAAGCUCCAGAUGUGUGGGAGAGACUACAUGCAACCUGACUGAUAUCAGUGAAAACAACUUGUGGUGGGUGCACUGAUUUGUAAUACUCUUAUAGAAUAAGAGUCUGCUUUGUGCUUGUAUGUGCAAUAUCACUGAGGAAAGGCUCAAAGAGGGCUCUCUUAAAUUCUGGCUGAACAGCCCUGAAAUCAUGAGUUUCAUCACUGACUUGACUUCCUUCACACACAGCUUAGGUAGCUCCAAACACCCUCAGCACUUGAACUGAUCAAAGGGUCUCAAACACACUUUUUAAAAAUACAAUUUUAAAUCACUUCAUCCCCAUUUUGAUAGUAGUAAGGGGGAUUUGUUAUUUUUCCACCAAGAAACCAUAUUUUGAAACUUGCCAUGCAAACAGUAAAACUGAACUCGAGACACAUUUUCUAGUAAUUUCACUGCAAUUUUCUAGGUAGCUGAAUUUUAAUGCUCUUUUCUGUUGCUUCUCUCUUGCCUCUCUCGCUUAAAUGAAGUCUUUGAAGUGUAUUAAUUCAGCAAGUAAUGUGUUGUGGUUUUCCUGCUAGUGAAUGACUGAGGCCCCCUGGUGCCUUAUUUAUUAGCAGAUCUGGGAACAGAGUGAAGCAUUGCAGUUUCCUGUUUGUCCUCGUGUUUAAUUAUACGGGUAAACCAGAUCAUGCUCUUUGCCACUGCACACUCAAGCCUGGACCUCACAUUUCUUCCAUGCUCUCAUAUCCUUUCUUCUUCUUGGGGCCUUCCUCUCAACAGCUCUGCAGUAUCUCUCAAAGGAGAGGUAAAACACCACAAAUACCAAGCUGCACAACACACACAGGAAGGGUUUCAUUUUUCUUCUGACUGACUUUUAUGGUCCUUUGAUGCUUGCUAAGUUGGACAGCGGUGCUGGUUUUUGCCCUCUGGACUUUGCAUUACUCUCCUUUUUGUUCUCCCCCUUAUUUUUAGAAAAUAUAUUUUGCAUUGCUUCAAGCCUAGCUCACAUUUUCUUGGUUGCAGUUAAGGUGCUCUGUGGUUUGUUGCUUCUGUUUAUGCAAGAACCCUCAUCAAAGACUUCAUCUUUUCCCAUUUAAAAGACCAUACAGAGAUCAAAAGUAAGACUUGAAAAGCCAAAUCUCCCUUGAAAAUAGCUUUCCCAAAAUAUCAGCAAAAGCUGUAAGUGCAAGAAUUCAGCAAGUCCAAAGGCUGUUUUUCGAUUAAUGCAGCUGUGGUUACAGCUCAGGUAACCGGACACCAUCUAGUGGCAGAAGAUCAAAAAUAAUCUGAUUACAGUCAUGUUGAUCCCUCCUCUGGGGCUUAUUCAAAUGUUCAUGGUGCUCCAGUUCCUUCUGAAGACCUUUGUGUUCACAGACAAAAAAUGUGCUUGUUGUACUGACUCAAAAACUCAGGAAAUGAAAUGUCAGCUUCUUGUCAAAUAAUCUAUUAGUAAUUUGCAGCCCUCAAAAGGGUAUUUACAGUUUGAAAUUAUAUUCUAAUGAAUGUGAUCAAUCAAUAUUUUGAUUGAGAGUAGUCUGAUGUGUGGAAUUCAGUAAAGCAUUUAAAACCA